UUUAAGUAACGUAUUAUAUUAAGAUUGAUUCUACCGGAUAAGUUGAGUAUGAGCGUAAAGUUUUAUAGUACCGAUUUUUGUUCAGGCGCGGUUCGGGAAAGCGCGCCAAACAACAGUCAGUUUGAAAUCGGAAGGACAGCGAAUUUGGAAAUACCCACUUCAUCGCAGUCAUGUCACAGAACGAUGCCUUACAUGGCGAUGACUUGGAGAAAUCAGGGGAAGCACUGAUUGAGUUUAUAAAGAGCAGUAAUGCAGAAAGUGUGCUGCGAGGAGCAAGAGGGAAGCUGCAGGAGUUCUUUGACCAUCACAUCAAGACCAAGAAGACCACAACUGACAUCUUAAAUGAUCUUGUGCAUGCGGAGGAGGGGAUCGGCCAGAAGCUGGUAAAUUUAGAAGGAAAGAAGUCCCAGAUGAUGCAAGAGAUUGAGGAGAUCGAACAGGAACUGCAGCGAAACCUCUCCAGAAGUCAGAUCUUGGACUCAGAGCUGGAGUUUUUACAGAAAGAGCUGGAAAGACUUCGAGAUGCUGAGCAGGAGAUUCAGACAAUGCAGCAGGAAGUGGAUCAGGACACAACUGAAGUCAUUCCCUCAGCCAUAUAUGUUGCCCAACUGUACUGUAAUGUUACCAAGAUAAAGCUGGAGCUCGACACAGAGCCGCAUAUACUUCGAGGAGUUUACUAUGGCGGAGAUGUAGCUGUACCCAUCAACAUGGAUACAUCCACCCGUUCCCCCUGCGAGGUUAGCGAUGAACUAUGGAGCCUGGUUAAUACAGAGUGGUAGACCUGGCACAUACUAAAAGAUCGCCAUUGAUAUUUAAAUGUUAAUCAGUUUGUUCACUUUAUGUGUUUAUAUACGUUUUAUAGAUAUUUGUAAGUCUGUUCAUAAAUUUGACUCCGUUGCUAUUUGAGUCCCACACCACAAGAUGUCACCAUACCUUUAUUUAAAGCACCAUCCAGAACAGCAGUUUUGAUUUGGAGCUCCUGUUGAAUUUUUAAAAAGGAAUAAAUGUUAUUUUAAAAAUGUUAAAUAGUUUGUUGCAGUUAUUACUGUAGUACGAAGGAGGAUUAGGGCCUAGCUAAAAUAAAAAAAUAAAACCAUCUCGAGAUUGAAGUCAUUAAAAUGCUGGAAUAAAGUCAUUAUUAAACGAGAAAAAAGUCAGAAUAAAUAUAAUUUCGAGAAUAAAGUAUUUAUCAAGAAUAAAGUCGUUAUUUAACAAGAAUAAAGUCGUUAUUUAACGAAAAUAAAUUCAUAAAGUUUCGAGAAUUAAGUCAAUUCUGUUUAGGCCUAUUCUUUAUGGGGUUUACUUAAUUAAGACAGUGAUAUAAAUUCACUAAAUUCACUACACACUAUAAUAUAUUAUUAGUAAGCAUGUCAAGCAGAAAAUCCCAGAAUUUGCUCGUUUUCAUUAAAGGAAACAAAAUGUGCACUUUAGCGGUUUGUGUUCUUAUUCUGGGAUCUUCUGCUUGUCUGUACACCGAAUGUUUUAUUAAUAAAAUGUUUGCUGAAUAUUACUGUUUAUUCAAUGUUGUCUUUUAGGGUUAUAAUAAGGGUUCUGCACUUAGUAAAGAUUUUGCUUUCAUGAGAACAAGCCUAAAAUGAAACCUCGGCCAUACGAUUAUAUCUCUUACCACCUGUGCACUUUCUUUACAGUAGGUGCGCCUUCAUGUGCGCAGGUUUCAUCACGAAAAUGAACCAUGGUUUUACUACAGUUAAAAAAAACAAAAAAAACAUGAUAACUGUAGUAAAACUGUGGUAACCACAAAAUAACCAUGGUUUUGACAAUCAUGGUUUUCAAAAACCAUAGUUAAACCAUGGUUAGUGUAGUAAAACCAUGGUUUUGCUGAUAGUAAUCAAUACACCAAGAAACCAUGGUUACUAUACUUUUACCACAUUAAAACCAUGGGUAAUUUUCGUAAGGGUUUACCCUACCCAAUAAACAAAACCCUUUAUUCAUUACGAUAUUCUGUUCAUUGCAUGCCUGUUUUAUUAAGGUGUGCACCGAAUUUUGUUCGUUCAUAUUAUCUCCCCCCAUAUUCUCUUUUAUAUGAGGAAGAUUCCUUAAAAUUGCUUUUCUGAGUGCAUCUUCAUAUUGUUUUAUUAAUAAGACAUGUAUGUAAUUUGGUAUCUGCUUUGCAGAUUUGCGACUUUAUUCUCGUUAAAUAACGACUUUAUUCUCAAAAUAAUAUUUAUUCUGACUGUUAUUCUCGCAUUUUAAUGACUUUAAUCUCGAGAUGGUUUAUUUUUUUUUUAGCUUGGCCCUAAUCCUACUUAGUACUGUAGAGCAGAAAUUUCCAAAUGUUUAAUUUUGUCACCCACUCAAAUAGGUAUAUGUAACUUUUUUCUCUUUUUAUACUUGAAAAGUUUUUCAAUUAUACAUUUAAUUAAUAAAAUGUAAGUUUAAUUGCAAUAUCAUAAUAACUCCUAGUAUAACAGAUCAAUAUCAUUCAAGUGAGUUUGCAUGGCUUACCUUAUCCCAGUGUGUAACCCAGAUCCUGACCCACCCUACUGUAGAGCCUUGGUGAAAAUGCAUGAAAUAAAUGACCUAUUACUCCAGAGAUGGUAUUCUUCAGCUCGUACACUCUCAGAAUUAAAGGUACACAAGUUGUCACUGGGACAGUACCCUUUAAAAAAGGUACACCUUUGUACCCAAAGAGUCCAUAUUAGUACUUCAAAGGUACUUUUUAAAGGGUAUUGCCCCAGUGACAGCUUUGUACCUUUAUUUUGGACAGUGUAAAUGGUACAUACACUGUAAAAAAGCACCAUGAAGUUAAAGCAACUUGGUUUUGCAAGUCAAUUCAACCUAAUAUUUUAAGUUUUGGCUAGUGAAAAGUGGACAUAACUUCUAAAAUCAAGUUGAAAUUGUUUAACUUAAUUUUUUUAAGUUAAAGUAACAAAAAUAUAUGUUGAUUCAACAAAAAUGGUGCAUUUGUUUUUACAGUGUAUUGGUACCUUUUUAAAGGGUGUCAUCCUACAACUAUUGUACCAAAUUUUCCUGAGAGUAUAGAAAUUAAAAAUUUCCAUGGUUAAAAAGGACCUGUCGUGCAUGUAAAAAUGUUAAUUUAGAAAAAUUACAUACAAUUUAGACAAAUGUAUAAAUAAUUUUUUUUUAAUCUAAAAUAAUUUGUUGCAGAUAUUACUGUAUAGCCUUGAUAGAAACACAUGAUGCUAAAAAAAAUAAAUUGUCUAUUCAUUCAGUGAGUGUAUUCCUGAGCUUUUACAAAGUACUGCAUUGACAAAUUUCCGUGGUUAAAAAGGACCUGUCGUGCAAGUAAAAUAUUGUUUAGAUCACAAAUUUAGCAACGAAGCACGUGAAUGACCAGAACGUUUUUGUUUCGCUCUUGGUAUGAGUAGAACAUUUGUUUGCAAUUAGUUUUUUGUUUCAUUUUUGUGGUCCUAUUGUACCUCUGAUUUACAUUUUGAAAAUAAUUUGAUUGACUUUUUAAACUAAUUGAUUCAGUGCCCAGUCAGUUCUGUAAUCUAACGCACUAAUGUAAACCCAAAGUCACAAGCCUGAUCAAAUAUUUUGUUAUUUAUGAGGAUAAUGUAAAAUUAAUU